AUGCAGCGUCUUGUCGUUCAGAUCUACGACUGGGAUCGACGUUGUCGGCGACAACUUAUCUGGAUUUCAAAUGAAGAUGAAGCAGUUUCAAGACAGGCUUGCCUAUCAGAAGGUGCGUUGAUCUUUACCCAUUAUUAUCUAGGCCAUCACUAUAGUUACUGCCUAUAA